AUGUGCAAAAUCCUAGACCAGGUUAAGGAUCAAGCUUCAUCACUUCUUAAAUCCUCGCUUGAGCGGGAGAAAAUCGAUGGAAAGUUUGGUUACACGAUAGAGUCGCUGGAGAAGAAGGAUGAGCGUCUGAGAGUGGUUGAAGCGAGGGAGAAGGAAAUUGGUUUGCUUGAGGAGACGAUUUCUGUGAAGCUAAAGGAGAAAGAGACGGAAUUUCAUUUUAGACAUGUCACUGAAGAGUCUCUCGUGAGAUUUGUGGUUGAGAAGCAGAUUGAAGAAGUAGUGAGACAACUUAAAGCAGAGGAGAACAAGCUCGUUUCGCUUCACCGUUCAACGAAGAAGAAAUUUGAAGGUAUAAUGAGUGAGUUUGAUGCGAAGAAAGCUGAUGGACGCAGGCUUUUUGAGUCGAUCCAUGAGAAGUUGUCUGUGUUAGAGAAAGCAGAGAAGGGUUUUGAUAUGAAACAGAGAGCUGAGACGGAGAGAUUGAAGGAGGAAAGUAAGAAGCUUGAAGCAAGGAGGAAUGAGAUUUGCUCACUUGAGGAAGGUAUCAAAGAGAAUUCUGCUGAGUUGAAGAUAAAGGAGGAGACUUUUGAGCUGAAACAGAGAACUGAGACAGAGAGAUUGAAGGAGGAAAGUAAGCAGCUUGAAGCAAGGAGGAAUGAGCUUAGCUCACUUGAGGAAGGUAUCAAAGAGAAGUAUGCUGAGAUGAAGAUAAAGGAGGAGACUUUUGAGCUGAAACAGAAGGAUCUUGAAGUUAAGGAGAAGAGACUGGAAAGAAUGUUGAGAGAGCUUGAAGAGAAGCAGAUGGAGUUUGAAGACGGAUCAAAACAACAACUUGUAAAAGCAGAGACUCGAAAAAGAUCCAACCUUGAAGUUGAGCCUCUUGUUCCUCUGCUGGUAGAGAGAGAUAGUGAUGCUGGUUCUCUUACACCUCUAGCGAAAAAACACAAAACUGAAGCUAAUGAUGGAGAGAUUGGAGGAAUUGUCUGCUGCACUGAGAAAAGUGAUGAGUCUCCUAAGCCAUUAGCUUGUCUUGAGGCAAAGUUUAAUAAUUUUAGCAAGUCAAUGAGCUCUUUUGCUGUUGAUCAAGUGUGGGCAUUACAUGAUCCUAGAGAUGAUAUGCCUAGGAGCUAUGCUCAGAUCAGGACAAUCUUUAGCUCUCACUCGAGUCUGCAGGUGACAUUGCUUGAACAUGUUGAAAUCCCAAAAGAUGAGAAAUUUAUUCGCCAAGCUUGUGGGAGGUUUGAAUAUGGAGAUACAGAGAUCAAAAGCCAUUUGAUGUUUGCUCAUGAGAUGGAUCACACCAAAUGUGACAAAAGUGUCGUACUUUACCCAAGAGAAGGCGAGACAUGGGCUCUUUUCAGAGAUUGGAACGCAAGUUGGAAGAGUAACUCUGAUCUUCACGAGUUUCCUCACAGAUACGACGUUGUGGAAGUGAUCUCCGAGUUCGACGAUGAGAUGGGCAUUGCAGUGGCGUAUAUGGGGAGAGUUGAAGGAUUUGCAUCUGUUUUUAACCGUGCUGAGAGACAUGGAAUCAUCCAGAUGAUGAUCUCACCAGGGGAGAUGCAGAUGUUCUCUCAUAAAGUUGAGUCGGUUAGGUUGAGAGGAGACGAGAAAGAGGGAGUCCCAGCUGGUGGGUUUGAGCUAGACCCUGCUGCUACGUUGAGAUAUGAUCAUUUGCUUGAGGAUUGUGGUAGUGAAAUGGAGCAGAAGAGCGUGUUGCUUUCAGCGUUAGGAGUUGGUGUUGGUUUAGGGAUUGGGCUAGCGUCCGGUCAGGGUUUGGGUAAAUGGGCAAACGGGUCUGUUUCUGCAGAGGAUGGGCUCACCGGAGAAAAGAUUGAGCAAGAGUUGGUGAGACAGAUUGUUGAUGGCAGAGAGAGUAGUGUCACUUUCGACGAGUUUCCUUAUUUCCUAAGCGAGAAAACUAGGCUUUUGUUGACAAGCGCUGCUUAUGUUCACCUAAAGCAGUUUGAUAUCUCAAAGCACACACGUAAUCUUGCACCUGCAAGUAAAGCCAUUCUACUCUCUGGACCUGCUGAGUUUUAUCAGCAAAUGCUUGCAAAAGCAUUGGCUCAUUACUUUGAAUCAAAACUCUUGCUACUAGAUAUAACCGAUUUCUCUAUUAAGAUACAGAGCAAGUACGGAUGCGUCAAGAAGGAACCUUCUCACAAGAGGUCUAUUUCUGAGAUGACAUUGGACAAAAUGUCGAAUUUGAUGGGUUCUUUGUCAGCGCUCUCCCAAAGGGAAGAACCAAGAGGGACCUUGCGUAGGCACACAAGUGGCAACGAUCUUAGCUCAAGGGGCUUUGAGGGUUCAAACUUUCCUCCGCGACUCAAGCGAAAUGCUUCUGCUGCUUCUGAUAUCAGUAGCCUAUCUUCCCGUUCUUCAUCAUCUGUUUCAGGUUCAAGCAGACGCAGUACAAACUUGUGCUUUGAUGAGAGACUUUUCCUUCAGUCACUCUACAAGGUAUUGGUUUCGGUUUCGGAAACCAAUCCUAUAAUAAUAUACCUGAGGGACGUUGAGAAGCUUCUUCAGUCAGAAAGGUUCUACAAGCUGUUCCAAAGGCUCUUGUCUAAGCUCUCUGGCCCUGUUUUGCUUCUCGGCUCGAGACUGUUGGAACCUGAAGAUGACUGCCAAGAAGUAGGAGACAGCAUUUCUACUUUGUUUCCUUACAACAUCGAGAUCCGACCGCCAGAGGAUGAAACGCAGCUCAUGAGCUGGAAAAACCGAUUUGAAGACGACAUGAAACUGAUACAGUUUCAGGACAACAAGAACCACAUAGCUGAGGUUCUUGCGUCUAAUGAUCUCGAGUGUGAUGACUUAGGUUCCAUAUGCCACGCGGAUACCAUGUUCCUAAGCAGUCACAUUGAGGAGAUUGUGGUUUCUGCAAUCUCCUACCAUCUGAUGAACAACAAAGAACCCGAAUACAAAAACGGGAGGCUUGUAAUAUCUUCCAACAGCUUGUCCCAUGGACUGAGUAUAUUCCAGGGAGGUAGCAGAGGCCUUGAGGACUCCUUGAAGCUGGACAGAAACACUGACUCCAAGGGAGAAGAAGGUGAAGGAAUCAUAACGAGCGAGCCAAAAUCUGAGACAGCUGUUCCGGAAAACAAAAAUGAUUUGGGAUCGAUUCCUUCAGCCAAAAAUGAAUGUCCCCUGCCUCCAAAAGCACCUGUAAAUGAGGUGGCUCCUGAUAAUGAAUUCGAGAAGCGCAUAAGACCAGAGGUUAUCCCUGCAAAUGAGAUUGGUGUGACAUUUGCUGAUAUAGGUUCACUGGAUGAAACCAAAGAAUCGCUUCAAGAGCUUGUUAUGCUUCCUCUUCGUAGGCCUGACCUGUUCAAAGGUGGUCUUCUCAAGCCCUGCAGAGGAAUCCUCCUCUUUGGACCACCUGGUACCGGGAAAACCAUGAUGGCAAAAGCCAUUGCCAACGAAGCUGGAGCAAGUUUCAUAAACGUGUCCAUGUCCACAAUCACUUCAAAAUGGUUUGGAGAAGACGAGAAGAACGUGAGAGCUUUGUUCACGCUCGCGGCCAAAGUGUCUCCGACUAUUAUAUUUGUGGAUGAAGUGGAUAGCAUGCUGGGGCAGAGGACAAGAGUUGGAGAGCAUGAAGCUAUGAGGAAGAUCAAGAAUGAGUUCAUGACACAUUGGGAUGGGCUUAUGUCGAGUUCAGGUGAUCGCAUUCUCGUUCUUGCAGCAACAAACAGGCCGUUUGAUCUUGAUGAAGCCAUCAUUAGGAGGUUUGAGCGAAGAAUCAUGGUGGGUCUUCCAUCGGUUGAGAGCAGAGAGAAGAUCUUGAGAACCUUAUUGUCAAAAGAGAAAACAGAGAAUCUUGAUUUCCAUGAGCUUGCGCAGAUGACAGAUGGCUACAGUGGAAGUGAUCUCAAGAACUUUUGCACAACAGCUGCAUAUCGACCAGUGAGGGAGCUGAUAAAACAGGAGUGCUUGAAAGAUCAGGAGAGGAAGAAGCAAGAGAAGCAAGAGGAAGCAGAGAAAGCAGAGAAGAGUAGUGAAGAGGUAUCUGAAGCAAAAGAAGAAGUAUCUGAGGAGAGAACCAUAACGUUAAGAGCUUUGAGCAUGGAAGACAUGAGAGUAGCUAAAAGCCAAGUUGCUGCUAGUUUUGCAGCAGAAGGCGCAGGAAUGAACGAACUAAAGCAGUGGAACGAUUUGUAUGGAGAAGGAGGCUCCAGGAAGAAGGAACAACUCUCUUACUUCCUUUAA